AUGGCGAACCCUCUCGAUACCGAUGCAGGCUCUGAGCUCUUCAGCAGCUACGAAGCCGAGCUUAAACUCGUGCAGGCCGAUUUAGAUCAAAAGCUCGACCAGCUCCCGGAUCUAGGUGGAGAGCCCCGAAAGGCUGCCAUCAGUCAGGCAGAGCGAGCAUUAGAGGAGGCCAGCGAGCUUCUCGAUCAGAUGCGCCUGGAGAAGCAGAACAUUCCCUCGGCGACCCGUACAAAAGUCAACCAGCGCUUCCGGAACCACGAAACCGAUGUUGAUGUUGCGAAACGAAAAUUGCGGACGCUGUCCGACGAUCGAUCCGCGUUAUUUGGAUCCCGCUACUCGGAUAAUCCGAAUGACGUUCAGCUAGAACAGCGGCAGCAACUCCUGUCAGGGACGGAUAGACUUGAUCGUAGCUCGCAGCGAUUGAAAUCUAGUCAGGCCCUAGCAAAUGAUACCGAGGCUAUUGGAGCGAGCACCCUUGCCGAUUUGCAUAGGCAGAGGGAAACUAUUCAGCAUACUGGUGAUGUGCUGAUGGAGAGUGAGGGAUAUGUGGAUAGGAGUGUGAAGACGUUAAGGGGGAUGGCGCGUAGGAUGGCUACAAAUCGGAUUAUAACGGUCUGUAUUAUCACAGUUUUGGUACUUCUUAUUCUUGCUGUUAUUGUUAGCAAGUUCAGAUAG